CGAACCGAAAACCGAACGCUUAGACCGUAGGUUGAGUGAAUUUUUGACAAACCAGUGAAAUUGGCCCUCCCGUUCUUUCUAAUCGGACCCUUCAACGGAAGAAUUCUGUAAGCUCCGGCGAAUCUCCUGCGGUGGCUCAAAUUCUUCAUCUCCGUGAAGAUGAACAAUCCAUCUGCUGGGCCGUCCUCAAAGCAAAGAACUGGAUCGUCGCAGCCCUCGGAGACUUCUUUUAAGCGCAAACGAGGGGUUUUCCAGAAAGAAUUGCAGCACAUGAUGUAUGGAUUUGGAGAUGACCCCAAUCCCCUUCCAGAAUCUGUAGCACUUAUGGAGGACAUUGUUGUGGAGUACAUCACCGAACUGGUGUAUAAAGCCCAGGAAAUUGGAUCAAAAAGGGGAAAACUUUCCGUGGAAGACUUUUUGUACUUAAUGCGAAAGGACCCGCGCAAACUUAACCGCUCUACCGAACUGUUGUCGAUGAACGAAGAGCUGAAACAGGCAAGGAGGGCUUUUGAGAUAGAUGAAGACAAGCUGAAAAAGGCUUUUGAAGAAGAAGACAAGUUGGAUCAGUAGGGUUACAUCAAACAUCAAAGUAUCAYAGAAAGAUAUUUUGAUGGCCAUUUGCUGCAURGACAAAGUACCUCUCAAUGUGGUUUCUUGUCAUUUUAAAAGUCAACCGACAGGUCUUUGAACUAUCUUCUGUCGUGUUGACCUUUCUCUGCAGCUCAAAGCUUCCAUGGUAGACAGGGCAAAGCAAGCAAUUAGUUUCAAUUAAUGUAAUUUAAUCCACUUCUCCUCUGCCUUAGAGGUGGGGGCUUCCCUAUUGUACACACACCUCUUUUGGCUUGAGCUUCACCAAGAUUUGGUAUUUCGAUAACGAUAUAGUAUUACGAUAAGGUUGUUGUUAAGACAUUA